CAAUGUGGGAGGGACAAAGGCCGGAAAGAGAAACCCCGGAGUUGAUCGUCCUCUUCCUAGCUUUGACGAUUAGCCACCAGCCUUUUUAAACCACGAAAACAUGUCAGCACCGGCGGGUCGAUAUUAUAGUGAGGAUGGUAGGGCGACCAAAAGGCAGAAAACUGAUGGAAUGUCAACGGGCUACGAAGAUCCCCACAAGACUCUUCCAUCUGUAGUGGUGCAUGUACGAGGUCUGGUUGAUGGUGUUACAGAAUCAGACCUAACGGAGGCCCUGCAAGAGUUUGGAGCCAUCAGCUAUGUCGUGCUGAUGCCCAAGAAGCGUCAGGCACUGGUGGAGUACGAGGACAUGAACGGCUCAUCCACGGCUGUGACCUAUGCUGCUGACAACCAGGUGUACAUCGCCAACCACCAGGCCUUCAUCAACUUUUCCACCAGCCAGAAGAUCUCUAGGCCUGGUGACUCUGAUGACUCGAGGAGUGUCAACAACAUACUGUUGCUCACAAUCAUGAACCCCAUCUACCCCAUCACAACGGAGGUACUCUACACCAUUUGUAACAACUGUGGCCCCGUCCACAGAAUUGUCAUCUUUAGGAAGAACGGUGUGCAAGCCAUGGUGGAGUUUGACUCUGUGCAAAGCGCCCAGCGAGCCAAAGCAUCUCUCAACGGAGCCGACAUCUACUCUGGAUGCUGCACGCUGAAGAUCGAAUACGCCAAGCCCACCCGGUUGAAUGUGUUCAAGAAUGAUCAGGACACUUGGGACUACACUAAUCCUAAUUUGGGUGGACCAGAUGGUGACGUGGAUGGCAAUGGGAGCAACGCAGACGACAUGACUGCCAACCCCAACAAGCGUCAGCGCCAGCCCGCUCUGCUGGGUGACCACCCGCCAGAAUACAGUAAGACAAUUGAAAUUCAAUUGUUGAUCAGUCGCAAUGUCGAAGUCUCUCAGCAGCUCACUGCGUUACCAACAGGUGGUUACCAUGGCUACGACGAGAGCUACGGUUCCUCGCCCUACGAGAACCGCCGCAUGGGACCUCCAAUGCGAGGUCGCAGUAGAAACUAUGGACCCAGCUACGGCCCCCCGCCCCCUCCCCCCGGCGAGUAUGGUGCCCACGCAGACUCACCGGUGGUCAUGGCGUAUGGACUGGACCCCGUCAAGAUGAACGCCGACCGUGUUUUCAACAUAUUCUGUUUGUAUGGCAACGUAGAGCGGGUGAAGUUUAUGAAGAGUAAACCAGGCGCCGCCAUGGUGGAGAUGGGCGACUGCUACGCCGUGGACCGCGCCAUCACGCACCUCAACAGCAACUUCUUGUUUGCGCAGAAGCUCAACGUGUGCGUUUCCAAGCAGCAGGCCAUCGUGCCGGGCCAGUGCUACGAGCUGGAGGAUGGCUCCAGCAGCUUCAAGGACUUCCACGGCUCCAGGAACAACCGCUUCACGUCACCCGAGCAGGCGGCCAAGAACCGCAUCCAGCACCCCAGCAACGUGCUGCACUUCUUCAACGCCCAGCCCGAUGUUACUCCAGAGAUAUUCUCCCAGAUCUGUGAGGACCUCGGCGUCAAGGGCCCCAUCAACGUCAAAAUGUUCACAGGCAAGAGCGGCGCUCCUUCGAGCGACCGCAGUGCUUCGGGCUUGCUGGAAUGGGAAUCUAUCAAUGAUGCCAUGGAAGCUCUCGCCUUGAUGAAUCACUACCAGAUGAAGAACGCAACCGGCCCGUACCCGUACACCCUCAAGCUGUGCUUUUCCACCGUUCAACACGCCAACUGAAGAGCUUUGGGUCUCAAGUUGUUGUGAUGCAGUUGGUGCAAAAAUCUUUCAGUAAAAAAAUGUUCAUAUCUGCAGUUGUCCUUUUGUUUGUUGCUUAUUCGCUCUCUGCUUUUGGUGAGAGAUGGAUUUUAGGAUUUACAGUGUGCUUUUCAUUGUGAGCAUUUAUUUUAACCAUCUUUUUUAUAUAUAUAUACAUAUAUAUAAUUGCCACGUCUCAAGUUUGGCUUAAUGUAAUUGUUUUGUUGUAAAAAAAUUAAACAUGUGGCUGAAACAAG